AUGGCGCACCCCGACAUUCCUUCGAUCCACCUUCAGCCCCCAUCUGUCGAUUUCAUUGACAACCGGCUUCCCGCCAUUCAUGAUGUUUUCAGGGAUAGAGAUGUGCAUUAUGACCCUGUAUUACAAAGAUAUGUAGAAAAUAGAACCCUCACAUACGCAGAUGAGUCAGCUACUGGCGAAAGCCAGGACAACAGCCAAGCUCUGGUUCAGCCCAGCUACUCAUUUGGUAAUGUUGGAGAGUCCGAAAAGUUUUGGGGCCUUAUUUUUCCAGACGCGAUGAAGAAGUUUAUUCAAGAGUAUCCAAUUGAGCCUAAACAACGCGACAAGUCUGGGUACAGCAUUCGGACACAGACAACAUGGGACGGUGUUAAUGAACAGCUCCACAAAGCGCGGGAGGUGUACGAUGGCACAAAACAAGGCUUUCGCGGCCGGUGUAAGCGGGUAUUCCGCAAGAUUGGAGACAAUGCUGUUGAACCAGCGCAAAAUAUCAUUCAAGUGAUUCCAGAUAUUGAUUACGUUUCACCAAUUUUGGGAGCAGUGCAGUUGCUUCUUAAUGCUUUCACUACCGCAUCCACCGUGCGGGAGACAGUUGCCUCGAGUCUUGAAGAUCGGAACCUUGACGAUCUCUUUGCCGACGUUGAGGUGUUCUUGAUAACUUUUCCAGACAUGAGCAAAAUUAAAGAUGCUGCUGUGUCCCUGGUAGUCUCUGUUCUGAAAGCGAUUGAGGAUGCUAUAGGAUUCUUCCUAUCUAACCAAGUAUCCAGAGCAGCCUCUGCUUUAGGUCGUGGGAAAUCUGGCUAUCAAAAGCCGCUCCUUGCAAGCUUGGGAGAAAUUCAGAUGAGCAGUCGGAAACUCAUUCAUCAAGCACAAAAUGCCCAUUUUGUUUCUACCCAGAUUGGACUGAAUGCUAUCUGGAAUGAUACUGGGCGGCUUGUCAUGUCCCAGCGCAUGACCGGCCAAGCAAUGGAAUACUUGAUCGAUAAAGUCGAUCGCGGCUAUAGAGAAGGAGCCCACUUCUAUAACACAGUGCACAGACUACUCCUAGAUGCCGAGGAGAGUAAAAAAGCAAGAGAUCUAAGUCUCCAAAACAAAAUCGCCAGCUUGGAAGAGAAGAUUGCUAGCCUCGAAGGGUCUUCUAGGGCAUCGACUCCUGGAACUCCAGAACCCACUCAAGUGUGGCCAAGCCAACAGGCUCCUUGGGCGGGCUAUCCACUCCAGUUUGGCCCAUACUUGCCAGCUUAUCAUAAUCCAUGGCCCGGUACUUUUCCGCCACAAGAAGUAUUUACGGGACCUUCAUUUAAUGCAGGUUCAUACAGCCAUUUACCGAUUAACCUUCUUUCGCCUCAAAACCAGCCACUGUCACCACCACCUCCACAACUGCCAAAAACUGUCAGUUCUUCUCGUUUUCUCGAUCUCCUCAAUAUCCCGCUUGAUCUCGACAAAACGGAUCUCGAUAUCGUAAAAGAUGGCAGUUACAGAAUUCCAAGGAAACUCCGCGCUCACGCUGAGCAAGUGACUCGAACAAUGCAGUUCCGCGAUUGGAUUGUCACACCAAACUCGCGUCGGUUGCUAAUUCAUGGAGAACUACCACGGGAGUCUCUGGCGACGUGGCAUAUUUCUCCUUUGUCGCAUUUUUGUGCUAUGUUGAUGCACAUGCUACGCGAGAGAGAGAGUUAUAUUUCCUUGGUAUUUUUUUGCGGAUGCCACGUUGAGACGGAAGACGGCAACAUCGGCGCUGUAGCGAUGAUGAAGAGCCUGUUAGCACAACUACUACAGCAAAUCCCAUUUGAGUCUUUGACUUUAGAUGAAAGCAUCAAUAUAAAUUGCCUCAGUGAAAACAACUGCGACAUAUCCCAAUUAUGCGAUGUCUUCGUUUGGUUGGUUCAUCGGCAGCUGAGUCGAGAUUACAUCUUGGUGUGUAUGAUUGAUGGUGUCGGGUAUUACGAAACGGAUGAAUUCGAGCUUGACGUAUUAGUCGUCAUGAAAAUGCUGUUAAAACUCUCCGAAGAAACCUUCAAUGAGGAAGAUGAUGGAGAAUCUUUGUGCGGAGACACCAAAGUCCUGAUCACCACUCCCUUUGCUACAGAUGCCAUUCAAGAAUUGUUUGAGGAUAUGGAUGGCAGUAAUGAAAUGUCAUUCGUAUCAAUGUCAGGGCUUCCAAGGAUAAAUGAAUACCUUGGUAUGCCGGAGGAUCUUUGGAAUCAAGAUUUAGAGGAUGAGGGUAGUGUGGACCAUGAUAGUGCAAUGUCAGAUGAAGUUGACUCUCAUAGUGUUAGUGACGCUUAG